AUGUCCCACGUCUUGAUUCUCGGUGGUGCUGGCUAUGUUGGCCUGGCUCUUGGUCAAGCUCUCGUCCGCAGUGGCAAUUGCAUUGUAUUCGCCACCACUCGAGAUGCAUCAAAGAGCAACACUCUUCUCUCGAACGAGAUCACACCCUUGGUCGGGAACCUAAGCGACGCCGACUUCAUCAAGACUGUCAUUGCCAAGCAUCGCAUUGACGUCGUUGUCGAUCUCUCGCAGGCCUAUGCCGACGCGACCACGAUUCUCAACACUGUCGUCGAGGCCGCCAAGGCGAGAGCCUCUGCGCUGGCCGCCGACGACUCGGUGGGACCCAAGCUGGGCUUCAUCUACACCUCGGGAACCUGGGUCAACGGGUCGACCAGAGACCACCAGGUCAGCGAUACCACGGUCCCCGGUACCUCGCUCGCCGUCGACAAGCCGGCCACGGCCGUCGCCUGGCGCCCAGCUCACGAGCAAGCCGUGCUCAGGGCCCGCGACGCUCUGGACGUGGCCGUGCUGCGACCCGGGGCCGUCUAUGGUCGCGGCUCCUGGGUCUGGGGCCUCUACUGGUCCAAAGUCCUCGCCGCCACGCAAGACGGUCAGUCUGGCGAAGACAUUGCCAUUCCCGCCGACGCCGAUACUCGCACUGGCGUCGUUCACGUCGACGACAUUGCCGACGCCUUUGUCAAGGCCAUUGGCAGCAUGCACAACCUCGGCUCCUGGCCCGUCUACGACGUCGUCAGCGAGACCGUGUCGCUCACGGUCGUCCUGGAAAAGGUCAAGCGCAUCCUGGGCGCCACGGGCAAACUGUCCUAUGUCGGUACCCACGGUGAUGCUUUCCUCGAGGCGCUGGCGUUGGUGACUAAUGCUUCCUCUGCACGGGCAAGGAUUGAGCUGGGGUGGACCCCUAAGCGAAGAGAGUUUGUGCGCGAUCUGCCGCAGUUGGUGGCCGCUUGGCAGGCUUCCCAGCCUGGCCAGUAA